AUGAUGAGCAAGUGGAGGAGUCCCAACCGUCGAGUCGGAGUGAGCCGGACUGCUCGGGCUCCAGUCGGGGCGCCGGCCGGGGCCACACCGGCCGGGGCUACGCCGGCCGGGCCCACGCCGGCCGGGGCCACUCCGGCCAGGGCUUCGUGGAAGCAUUGGCGGACACACCACAGCUCAUUUACUCACGCCAGGAGAGCGAGACUCGCAUUCAGAGUCGAGCAGAGCUUGUUUCUGAAUGAUUGGACCAUGCCACGGAAGGGCACCGCCAAAUAUCUUCAAACAUACCUUGUCCAUACCUUCCCGAACAUUCUUCAAGCCUGCUUGUCUCUCUCUCUGUCUCCUUUUUAUGCUUUCCGACAGGAGCUCUUGGCACAAAGAUCACCUUUCGCGGCCGAGGCGGCCGAGGCGGCCGAGGGGGCCGAGGGGGCCGAGGCGGCCGAGGGCCUUCGAAUAGCGGCGGUGGCCUACCCGGAUUCCGACUUGGAAGGCAUGCUGUUACAGGAGCUCGUGGCCGGCGAGCUGCCGCCUUCCUGGUGGCGCCGCUGCAAGGAAGCCGCGAAGCGCAAGGCACUGCUCAUGGCGCUGCGCGUCGGCAACAUGCAGGCGGUGUAUGCCAUGCAGCCCGAGAGCACGUGCUUCAGGGCGGAGCUGGAGUGCUUCGAGCCGGAUGCUUCCUUCCUCUCCGAAGCGCUGCGGGAGCUCUGGGCCGAUGCCGAGGACGCGCACUGCCGCUCUGCGAGGAUGAAAGGCCUCAGGAGUGAAGUUGCCGAUGCAACCGCCAGGGCUUGGAAGGGCGAUCGCUGUGCGGCUUCGGUGGCUUGGCUGCUGCAACGUGGUGCGCCAGCAGCAGUGCUGCUGCCGGAGGAGCCAGGCCCUGCAGCGUUGGCCGUGCGGCUUCGUGGCUUGAGGCUGCUGCAGGACCUCGGCGAGCAGGCCGCACCUGCAGCCACGGCCGUGGCGGGUUGCUUGCGCGAUCCAGAGGUGCAUGGCCGACGUGCUGCAGCGGAGGCUCUUGCCUGCUUGGGUGCUGUCGCUGGCCAAGCGCCUCGGGCAGUGCCUCGGCUGCUGCGCCUUCUGGAGCAGGAGGCCAAUCCGCAGUGUCGGGAGUCGGCUGCACGCGCUUUGGGCUCUUUGGGCCCAGAGGGUCGGCAAGCAGCCGAGUCAGCUCUUCGGCAUCCAGAUCUGGACGUGCGUGGCCUGGCCUGCACAGCACUGGAAGCCUGCCUCACGCAGGCCACGCAGGCAACGCAGGCGCUGCUCUCGUGGCUCCAGGAUGGUGGAGCGCCGGAGGCACCCUUGAGGGCUCGGGCUGUGCAGGCACUGGGCAGGCUUGGGGACAGCAGGGCGCUUCCGCUCCUUGUGGCCUUCGCUGCAGAUCCCGACCCAAGCGUGCGGGAAGCCUCGCUGCUGGCCCUCGGCGCCGGUGCAUGCUCCAGUUGCGAAUGGGACCUCGUGCUCCCCACGCUUGCCGCUGCUUUGGACGAUGCAGAAGACUCCGUUCGAGAGGCAGCCGCUCGAGCAUUGGCGAGGGAGGAGCCAGAGAAAAAGAAGUGCCGUUCUUGCCCAUGA